AUGAGUCAGAAGUCACAGAUCGCGAACUUUCGACCUGUGCUCGACGAAGAUGGCACAGUACGGGUCUCUGGCCGUCUGCAGUAUUCAACAAUGCCGAAGCAGGUGAAGCAGCCAGUACUGAUACCUCAUGGACAUAAGCUUGCCGAGCUCGUUGUGGAGGCCGCUCAUCGUCGGUUGCUACAUAGCGGCGUACAAGACACGAUAACAGAAGUUCGAGAGCGCUAUUGGGUUCCAAGAUGCCGACAACUGGCGAAAAGGAUUCUGUUUCGUUGCACUUCCUGUGCUCUCUACAGAGCCAAACCAGCAGCUGCACCUAUGGCCCCUCUUCCUGUCGAACGAGUGAACGAAAGUGGACCUUUCGAGGUAGUCGGCAUAGACUUUGCGGGGCCACUGUUCAUGAAGUCCUCAGAAGGAAGCGACCAGAAGGCUUAUAUCGCACUGUUCACCUGCGCCGUCACUCGAGUCAUACAUCUAGAGUUGGUAUCAGGAAUGACAAUGACACGCUUGCUCUUGGCCUUCAAGCGUUUUACAGCAGGACGAGGGCUGCCGUCAGUGAUAUACACGGACAACGCUCCAACCUUCAAACGAGCAGAAAAAGAAAUGGAAGGCAUUAAAAGGGCCAAGCUCCCAGGACCACCUCUCCUGCCAUGGAAUUCGCUGGAAAUACACCGUUGA